AUGGCUCUGCAGGUGGAGGUGACCAAAAUAAGAGUAAAUGAGUCCUGUACCAAGGCGGAGCUGAAGUGUAAGAGCAGCUGCACUGGGGAUGUUUCUUAUGUCUGGCUCAAGAAUGGAGAGAAGGUCACAGAAGAAAAUCCUCACAUAACCAGCCUUCGGUUUAAUGACAGCAUCUGCUGUGCUUUGAAAGGACAAGAAGAUUACUGCUCGGCUUCACUGUAUGCUCCAAAGCUUCCCUCUGUGACAGUGAGUCCAUCUGGUGAGAUAGUGGAGAACAUUUCAGUGAUUCUGAUUUGUAGCAGUGAUGCUAACCCAGCUGCUAAUUACACCUGGUACAAGGAAGAUGCUCCAAAGCUUCCCUCUGUGUCAGUGAGUCCCUCUGCUGAGAUAGUGGAGGGCAGUUCAGUCACUCUGACCUGUAGCAGUGAUGCUAACCCAGCAGCUAACUACACCUGGUACAAGGAGGAGCUAUUCCUGACUUGGCCACGAGUGGGUGUUCAUCAUUUCCCCUCGAUCAGCUCUGAGAACAGAGGAAACUACUCCUGCAAGUCAGAGAAUCAGUAUGGACAGAUCAACUCUUCACGUGUGUUUAUAAAUGUCCAGUAUGCUCCAAAGCUUCCCUCUGUGUCAGUGACUCCGUCUGGAGAGAUAGCUGAAGGCAGUUCAGUGACUCUGACAUGUAGCAGUGAUGCUAACCCAGCAGCUAAUUACACCUGGUACAAGGAGAAUAAAGCACUGCCUCUAGGACCAGAGGGCAGUCAUCAUUUCCCCUCCAUCAGCUCUGAGGACAGAGGAAACUACUUCUGCAAAUCAGAGAAUCAGUAUGGACAGAUCAACUCAUCAUAUGUCUUUAUAAAUGUUCAGUUGACUCCGUCUGGAGAGAUAGCUGAAGGCAGUUCAGUGACUCUGACAUGUAGCAGUGAUGCUAACCCAGCAGCUAAUUACACCUGGUACAAGGAGAAAGAAGACUCACCAAAGGCACAUGGACAAACCUUCACCAUUGACAAGUUUAGUCCUGCACACAGUGGGGCUUACCAGUGUAAAGUCCAGAACAACAGAGGACAUCAUAGCUUGACCUUUCUCUUGGCUGCUAAGCAACCAGUAGAGCAGAAGUGCAGCCUUCAGUAUGCCAGCAUUCAGUUUUCUAAGAAGCAGACAGAUCCUCUCUAUUCCAACAUCAACCCAGCUCAGGCCCAGAAGCACAAGAAAGAAGAAGAAGAGGAAAACAAAAUCCAUUAUGCUACUGUCAAGUUUGCCAGUGCCAGUAGAGCACCAAGGUAA